AUGUCUUUCACGGAGACAGUUCGUCUGAAAUUAUACUGGAAUACUACUUAUACAACUGAACCUGAUGGGACUAUCACGGUACAGCGGGAUGCGCCGGACGGUUAUCUUAUCAUUGAUCGUAUGUUAGAUUUCUCGGAACUUGUUGAUAAGACAUGGCUCAUCUGCGGUGAUGUCGUUGCACCACACAACCCCAGUAGGGUAUUUCGCCAAUUUGGUUAUCACCAGCGGAUACCCGGCGACGCAUUACUUCUCACUGCGGCGGAAAUUACUAGCCUGCUCAAGAGGAAGCCGUUUGGAGGAUCCGAUAGGAGAUGGUUACAACAACUAGGGAUAUAUCUCCAGGUUUGGAAUGAUCGCCACGGCCAAGUUGUGGGGACUGAUGAUCUUUAUGUUGGCGAGCCUUCCGCAGAUCCGGAGUAUCUCUUGUGGUACCAUCAGGUUACUGUGAAGUAUGUUACGGAUCCGACGGACUCUGAAAAUGCGAGGGGUUUUCACGGUUCUGCAGAGACCUUGCGCCUCAUGGCGAGAUUGCCCGAGUUCUUUGAGCGGGCGUUGUCCGUCAAUGCAACAAAUGUUGUACGGCACGAUCUCGAUAGGCAUGUUGAGGUUCAUGACAUUUUGAGUCAAGAACUUGCACCUGUGGACCCGACCCAGCAACAUCCACCACCCAGACCUCCGAGGCGUUCGCGCAGGUCUCAGCGUGGGCGUGGGGGCAAGAGACAAUCACAACAUCUCAGCCACAUCGGUCCUCCCGGCAUGAGCGGUCUCAUAUUCCCUUCACCGGCGGUUCAUCCCAUCGGUCUCCACAUCGUCUCCACUCCAUUCUCGACAACAUUCAGCUCAUCGGUCUCCACAUCAUUCAUCCCAUCGGUCUCCACAUCAUUCUUCGCCGACCCAUCAGCGUUUUACCGUCCGAUUAUGUCUCCCAAGACCAGCAGUCUAAUUUUCCUUCACUCGCUUUUCCUCCCCGACUUCUCGGCGUCGGGUUAUCAGCGCCAUGAGGAGCGGUGGAUCGAGUCGACUCUAGGGACUCCACCGUUGGCUGUGAGUAAAGGCCAGAGAGUGACGAAGGAGCCCGAUAGAUUGACUUAUAGCCUUUUUCGGGCUAAAAAGCCCAAGAAGAAGUAG